AUGGCCGAGGUUGCUGUAAUGAAGAUGAGUGAAAUAGGAGGCUUGCCAAAACUAAAGAAGGAAGACGAAGAAUCCACUGAUUUAUAUACCAGAUUAAAGAAAUUACAACGCCAAUUGGAAUUUCUUGAAUUACAGGAAGAGUACAUUAAAGACGAACAGAAAAACCUCAAACGGGAACUCAUUCGAGCACAGGAAGAAGUCAAACGAAUCCAAUCCGUACCACUAGUAAUUGGCCAAUUCUUGGAACCCAUUGAUCAACAUACUGGUAUUGUCGGCUCUACCACGGGAUCCAACUACCUAGUUCGAAUUCUAAGUACCAUUGACCGUGAAUUACUCAAACCCUCAUCAUCCGUCGCCCUUCAUCGACAUUCGAACGCACUAGUAGAUGUAUUACCUCCAGAAGCUGACUCGUCUAUCGCCAUGUUGGGUGCUGACGAGAAACCAGAUGUAUCAUACGCCGAUAUCGGAGGUCUCGACAUGCAAAAGCAGGAAAUCCGUGAAGCGGUUGAAUUGCCCUUGACGCAUGUAGACUUGUAUCGUCAAAUCGGUAUUGAUCCUCCUCGUGGUGUAUUGCUAUACGGCCCUCCGGGAACAGGAAAGACAAUGCUUGUUAAAGCGGUGGCGCAUCAUACUACGGCAUCAUUCAUCAGGGUUGUUGGAUCGGAAUUUGUACAAAAGUAUUUGGGCGAAGGGCCACGUAUGGUUCGUGAUGUAUUUAGAUUGGCCAGAGAGAAUUCACCUGCGAUUAUAUUUAUUGAUGAAAUUGAUGCCAUUGCUACAAAGCGAUUUGAUGCCCAGACGGGCGCUGAUCGUGAAGUGCAACGUAUUUUGUUGGAAUUGUUGAAUCAGAUGGAUGGGUUUGAUCAGAAUUCGACUGUUAAGGUCAUUAUGGCUACAAACAGAGCAGAUACUCUUGACCCUGCUUUAUUGAGACCUGGUCGUCUUGAUCGAAAGAUUGAAUUCCCAACUCCAGACCGUCGUCAAAAACGAUUGAUCUUUACAACUAUAACAUCAAAGAUGAAUCUUUCUGAAGAAGUGGACUUGGAGGACUUUGUAUCACGUCCAGACAAGCUCUCUGGUGCUGAAAUUGCUGCUAUCUGUCAAGAAGCUGGAAUGCACGCCGUCCGAAAGAAUCGAUAUGUCAUACUCAACAAGGACCUCGAGUCAGGAUAUAAAUCGAAUGUUAAGAAGGAAAACACAGAUCAUACCUUUUAUCAGUGA